AUCACUUUUGUGGCCAUUUUCGCUCAGAGACACUGUCAACCCUUGAUCCCAACGUUGAUUAUUGUUGAUCUACAUCGCUUGGACCCUUGGAUCCUUGGACCGCUUGAACUUCCCAAGGUGAUCCCAAUCCAGUUCCACAAUGGCGUUCCAAGGUGGGAAUCCGCAACAACGGGUCCAGAAGGUGAUGGUCCAGCCCAUCAACUUGAUAUUCCGCUAUCUGCAGAACCGCACCACCGUUUCCGUUUGGCUCUACGAGAACGUGAACACGCGCAUUGAAGGUCGCAUUGUUGGAUUCGACGAGUACAUGAACCUAGUUUUGGAUGACGCGGCUGAGGUUCACCUAAAGAGACGCACCCGGAAAGAAGUUGGCCGCAUUAUGCUCAAAGGAGACAACAUCACCCUGAUCCAAUCCUCGGAUGGAACCACAACGGAGAAUCCGAACUAAUCCAAUCGCGUGUUUUGUGUCCUCUUUGUAGCGUAUGAAUGAUGUCGCAGUAUUACGGGGAGACUCGGAGUUUCUUCUCGUGUUUGUGAACUUUUUUCGAGUGUCUCUUAAGCCUGAAAUCUACUUGAUCUCCAUGGAAAAAAAGAAAGGAAA